AUGAAUCCAGUUAUCUAUGUUUCUAUCUCAAUACACCUAUGUCUUUAUAUCUAUCUAUCUAUCUAUCUAUCUAUCUAUUUCAAUAAAGCUGCUUUCUAUCGAUAUAUUUCAAUAAAACUGAUUUCUAUCUAUCUAUCUAUCUAUCUAUCUAUCUAUCUAAAUGAAUUGAGUCUCUCUUUCAAUGAAUCCAGUUAUCUAUGUUUCUAUCUCAAUACACCUAUGUCUUUAUAUCUAUCUAUCUAUCUAUCUAUCUAUCUAUCUAUCUAUCUCAAUAAAGCUGCUUUCUAUCUAUAUAUUUCAAUAAAACUGAUUUCUAUCUAUCUAUCUAUCUAUCUAUCUAUCUAUCUAUCUAUCUAUCUAAAUGAAUUGAGUCUCUCUUUCGAUGAAUCCAGUUAUCUAUUUAUCUAUAUAUCUAUCUCAAUACACCUCGUUCUUAAUAUCUAUCUAUCUAUCUAUCUAUCUAUCUAUCUAUCUAUCUAUCUAUCUAUCUAUCUAUCUAUCUCAAUAAAGCUGAUAUCUAUCUAUCUAUCUAUCUAUCUAUCUGAAUAA